AUGGAGUCGACCAACGAACACCUGUCGGAACACCUUAGGUGCGGUAUUUGUAAAAAAAUCUACACGGAUCCUGUGAUUCUGCCCUGCAGUCACAGUUUCUGCCGGGCCUGUCUGGAUAAAACCUUGAAUCAGAAGGGGGAAAAUAAAUGUCGGCGUUGCAACAAAGCAGCAAAACGGCCUUACAUCGGAAACCAGGACCUUAAGGCCGUCUGCGAGGAGAUUAAAAAGCGCAGGAACUCAGCAGAGAAUGAAGGUCUGGUGUGUCUGGUUCAUGUUGAGAAAUGUGUGAUGUUCUGCAAUGAUGACCAAAAGCUGGUGUGUUCAAACUGUAUGGAUCAGGACCAUCGAAAACACACCUUCUACACCAUCCCCAAAGUGGCGGAGGACUACAGGAAUCAACUUGAACGUCCGUUGCAGAAACUUGAAACAAAAUUAGAAGACCUGAAUAGUAAAAAAUCUCUUUAUGAGUCCAAGAUUCCAGAACUUCAGGAUCAGACCAAGCAAGUAGAGAAGCAGAUCAAUGAGGAGUUUGAGAAGCUUCAUGAGUUCCUCACAGAGGAGCAAAAAAACAGAGUAGAUGCGCUAAGAAAGGAAGAAAAGGAGAAGAUCUGUAUGCUAGACGAGAAGAUCGUGGAGAUCAGAGGGUGGAUUUCUGAUCUGUCUAAACGGCUACAGGACCUUAAGACGAUCGUGGGUGGUGAUAACAGUCAUUUUAUUCGUACCUUCAAAGAAACAGAGACAAGACUUAAGCUACCAGUGCCAGAUCCACAGCUCCCCUCAGGACACAGGAUUGAUGAGGUCAAACAUUCCAGGAACCUGAGAUUCAGAGUGUGGGAGAAGAUGAAGGACGUCUCUCCAAAUCUAAAAAAAAAUAAACACCACUGGCACAUCCUGGGCUCGGAGGGAUACGACUCGGGAACUCACGCCUGGGAGGUGGAGGUAGACCAGUGUGAGUACUGGUUUCUUGGAGUUGUCAAAGAAUCUGCCAAAGAAGAAGAAAACCAGUCAAACUGCCCGUUAUCUCUUUCUAGCCUUAAAGCUGAAGCUAUGUCGCCCGGCAUUAAGAAAGUCCGUGUGGUUCUAGAUAUAGUAAAGGGUCAGGUGACCUUUACUGACCAUGACGGGAACACGGUCUUAAAAACACAGGCGCAAGAUUUCCGGGAGAAAAUGUACCCUGGUUUUAUAACGGUCAGUGAUCACCCACUUAAGAUCGUACCAGCCAAGGUCUCUGUGUCUGUCUGA